AGUCCCGGACAUGCGCAGUGUGUCCGGGGCAGAAACCAGUGGAAGGAAUGAUGGCGUCCUCGGCUGCUCGCUGUUCCUCACGCUGGAUUACUGUCAUCGUGUCCUCUGGACACCGCCGGGCCGCCGGUGCUGUUGCCUGCGCUGCUCAUGGAGGAGUCCGUAGUGUUUCUACGCUGGGAGCGGGAAAACCGUGGCGGGGAGGGAGCCUGGAGUGCGGGGGGGCAGGGAAAGCGUUGACAUUGAGAGGGCUGUCAGGUUUCAAAUCACCCCACGUAAUCAGCACACUGUCCUUUCACACAAGUGCCCCUGUCAGCAGUAAGCAGGACUUCUACCAGAUCCUUGGGGUACCUCGCACAGCAACCCAGAAAGAGAUCAAGAAAGCCUACUACCAGAUGGCCAAAAAGUACCACCCUGACACCAACAAAGAUGACCCACAAGCAAAGGAGAAAUUUGCUCAGCUGGCUGAAGCUUAUGAGGUCCUGAGUGAUGAAGGAAAGAGGAAGCAGUAUGAUACAUAUGGCUCAACAGGCUUUGAUGCUGGUCAGGCGGGUGGAAGGCAGCAGUACUGGACUGGACAGGCCAGCAGUGUGGACCCAGAGGAGCUUUUCCGCAAGAUCUUCGGGGAAUUCUCAGGAGGCCGUGGCUUUGGGGACUUCAACGCCAUCUUUGAUCAGCCACAGGAGUACAUCAUGGAGUUGACAUUCACUCAGGCAGCAAAGGGAGUCAACAAAGAGAUUUCCAUUAACAUGGACGCAGCCUGCCAGCGCUGUGAUGGUAAGGGCCACGAGCCAGGCACCAAGGUCCAGCACUGCCAUUCCUGCAACGGCUCCGGCAUGGAGACAGUAAACACGGGUCCAUUUGUGAUGCGCUCCACAUGCCGUCGCUGCGGGGGCAAAGGCACGAUCAUUUCCAACCCCUGUAACUCCUGCCGUGGGACGGGACAGACCAAGCAGAGGAGGACCGUGAUGGUUCCCGUGCCUGCAGGAGUCGAGGAUGGCCAGACAGUCAGAAUGCCAGUUGGGAAGAAGGAGAUCUUCAUCACAUUUAGGGUCCAAAAAAGUCCAGUGUUUAGGAGGGACGGUGCAGACAUCCACUCUGACCUUUACGUCUCUGUGGCACAAGCCAUCCUGGGUGGCACGGCCAGAGUACAGGGCCUUUAUGAAACACUCAAUUUAUCAAUCGCUGCAGGCAUCCAGACCGACCAGAGGAUCCGUCUGGCAGGGAAGGGAAUCGCGCGCGUCAGUGGCUAUGGCUUCGGUGACCACUAUGUCCAUCUUAAAAUAAAAGUACCCAAGACGCUGACAGACAGACAGAGAGCUCUACUGAUGAGCUACGCUGAGGAUGAGACAGAAGUGGAGGGGACGGUUAACGGUGUCACUGCCACCACCACAGGUAAGAGGUCUUCCUGGAACUGAGAUGCUUCAUCACAUGGCAAAGGGUACAGCGUAAAGCGAGGACAGCCACAUUCUAGAGAAAAGGACAGAGGAACGAGGAGUAUCAGGGUGUUGGAUGAGGCACACAGUUGUUCUGAAUGGAUCAGCACAGACCUACCUAACCACUGCAGUGAAUAAGGCAGAGGAUUACCUGCUCUGUUCCUCUGCCAAAGUGAAUCCGCACACAAGGGGAUGUUCCAGUGCUCCAAACACCUCCCUGUCAAAUGUCCGUUAUUGCCAUUUUAGCAACAAAGACUGGUCGUUUAUCAUAGCAGUCUGUGCAUGUUGGUUUUCUGUCGAUUACAGCAAGAAAAACAUAAUAGUGAUAACAGAAUCCACAUGAACAGAAAUAAACUAUUAUACUGACAAAGAC